UCGACUAUACAUAUCGGUAUCGCGAUUGCGCAUCGAGACAACCUCCUCCACCUCCAACCGGCUGUUGUAGGUUCAAUUUUUCAAUCCGAUUUUGCUUUGCUCCAAGGGAAAGACUGAAGAUGUUCACCUGUGCAAAAAUUGUUUCUCCUCUCUCGAGAAGCUUGGUUGCCAGUAGUUCUCGCAAUUUUGUCAGACCACUUAGUUCAUUCAUAGUAAACAAGCCAAGGGAGGAGGUUCCACCUAAAUCUUCAUUGCUUACUGGAUUAAGUCUAAAUGCACCUAGUCCAUUAUUGUCUCAGAUUACCCGUAGUUUGCAAACUAGUUCAGUUUGUAGAGAUAUCGACUCUGCUGCUAAAUUUAUUGGAGCAGGAGCUGCUACUGUUGGUGUAGCUGGUUCGGGUGCUGGAAUUGGUAGCGUAUUCGGAAGUUUAAUAAUUGGCUAUGCCAGAAAUCCUUCUCUUAAACAACAGCUAUUCUCUUAUGCCAUUUUAGGAUUUGCAUUGUCUGAAGCUAUGGGUUUGUUUUGUCUUAUGAUGGCUUUCUUACUGCUAUUUGCUUUCUAAUAGCAAUUGUCAUCAGUACUAUAACUGGCCAAUUUUCUCAACAUUUUAAAGGACCAGUAGUUAUAUUCACUGCCACUUGGCUCAUCGUGAAUUAAAUCAAUAUUUGGGGGGGAAUAUGUAGUGAUUUAACAAGAUUUACAUUGGGAUGUCUGCGGUUAACAGAUGUCUAUAAUGAAUCAGUGGUAGUGUUUCAUUUAUUGGGAAGAAUUUAUUUCCAUAGAUUAAUGUUAUGUAAAAAUAUAGAGAAAUAAAAUGAGAUUUUUGAAAAGUG